ACGCAUACACACACACAAUCACAACAGUACACAGACACACCAUCAAAACAUCACACGCAUACCAUUAAAACAACACACACACACACAUGCACGGAUACACACGCACUUUAUAGUAAAAAACUCACCUCUCACCCACUGCCCCCUCCCCGCCGCUGCCAAGCACGCAUCACAACCCCACCAUCCGCAUAGAGAUAUCAUCUUAAACCGGAGAUGUGACAACACCAGUUUGAUGCCAUCACCAUACGAAGCAGCAGCCAGAAGAGAGAGAGAGAGAGAGAGAGGAGAGAGAGAGAGAGAAAGAGAGCAAGGGAAAGACAGAGAGAGAACGUGUGUGUCCGUGUGUGUGCUUAUGCAUGUGCGUAAGAGCGUGUGUCGGUGCGUCGUGUGUAGUUGAUGACUAGAGCGCUGUCAGGAACAACGGAACAGAGAUGGAACGGCUUGCCUGCAGGUUCAUCUAAAUUGCUAAGUUUUGGUGCUACAACUGAGAAACGAUGUUGAUUGUUUUGCUUCUUCUCCUGCUGACUCUCUUCAGCUGCCAUUGUGUGGACCUCACUUACCAUGUGGAAGAAGAAAAGAAUCCUGGAACUUAUAUUGGUAACAUUGCUGCUGACUCCCAUUUACUGGAUGCCAUCUUACCGGAACACCAUCGACUCAUAACGUUUAAUCAGCUUGCACAGAAAAAAGACAGACUCUCACAGUUAUUCAAUGUUUCUAAAAGAGGAGAGCUGUACACAUCACAGAAAUUAGAUGCAGAGAAACUGUGCAAAUACAAUGUGGAAUGCUUUAGAAUUUUAAAAAUUGCCAUUCAUAAAGCAGAAACAUUUUUGAAGAUUUUAAAACUGAAAGUAAUUAUUAAAGAUAUCAACGACCAUCAGCCGGAGUUUUCUGUGAAAAAGAUUAAUAUUCAGUUUUCAGAGGAUGAUGGAAAAGGUGUGAAGAGGUCAAUCGAGAAUGCUGUGGAUGGAGACGUUGGAGUUGAAAACUCGAAGGUCACCUAUCUGCUGAAGAAAAAAUUUAACGAACCAUUCAAGUUAUCUGUGACGAAAAUAAUCACCGGGAUUUCUAAACUUGCCAUAAUACUUGAUGAGAAACUGGACAGAGAAUUGAAAGACAGUUACAGUCUUCAGGUUAUUGCGAGUGAUGGAGGACCUUCACCAAAACAAGGGGUGCUGAAUAUUGAAAUAACUGUGACAGAUGAAAACGAUAAUCUGCCUCAGUUUAGUCAAAGUAUUUAUAACAUCUCCAUUCGGAACACACACGGAAGGUUCAUACCAAUCACAACUUUAUCAGCCAGUGACUUGGACUCAGGGGAAAACGGUCGAGUUACAUAUCACAUUAGUUCUGCGACCUCUGACAUUGCCAAAUCUUAUUUUAAACUGAAUGAAGCGACAGGUGAAAUUUUCACUCAGAAAAAAUUUAAUUCCGAACAAAAACAGACCUACAAGUUGUUUGUUGAAGCAAAAGAUGGAGGCAAUCCUUCGUCAAGUUCCACAGCAAUGGUUUUAAUAAAUGUAAUAAACCAACAAAAUACUGUCCCUAAGAUAGACAUUAAUUUCGUCACUGAGUUGAGAGAGAACACUGCAGCCAUUUCUGAAGGGAUCAAAGUCGGCAGUUUCAUAGCUUAUGUCAGUGUUAUUGACAAUGAUGUUGGACAGAAUGGUGAGGUGGAAUGUAGCCUACACCACGAUAAGUUCCUUCUUUUAGAUUUAGGAUCAAAAGAAUAUAAAAUUACGUUAAAGAAACCAGUGGACAGAGAAACUAGGGACCACUAUGACAUCAGUAUUUCAUGUGAAGAUAAAGGAUCUCCAUCGAUGAAAACAGAGAGAAAAUUCUUCAUUCAAGUGAUGGACGUCAAUGAUGUUCAACCACAGUUUACGAAAGAAACAUUUAAAUUUCUGACCUAUGAGAAUGGUAAACCAAAUUUUCCGAUUGGUUACAUCAAUGUGACAGAUCAAGAUUUAGAAAAUGGAGGGAAACUGUCUUAUUCUUUAUUGAGUAAUAACAGAGUGAUUAUACCAUUCCAGAUCACCGAUUACGGUUUCAUCUCAACUACAAUGACACUAGACCGUGAAAAACGUGAAAAAUACCAAUUCCAAGUAUUUGUUAAAGACAACGGGCAACCUUCCUUAAACAAUACGGCUAAUGUACUUGUGGAGAUCCUUGAUGAGAACGAUAAUGCCCCUUAUUUUACAUUUCCUAGUGUUGACCCUUUCACUCUUGAUGUCCACUAUCAUCCGCAGAGCAAGAAUGAUAUCACAGUUCUAAGAGCUUCAGACAGGGACAGUCAUAUGAAUUCUUUCUUGAAAUACAAAAUAUUUGGUGGAAAUGACAGACAGUUGUUUCAGAUAGAUUCCUUCACGGGGGUUUUGUCUUAUUCACGGACUGUUUACCAAAAUGAUGCCGGAUCAUAUGACCUGAAAUUAACUGUCAAAGACAGUGGCACCCCAGUUCUGUCAGCCACAGUAACAGUGUCUUUGACACUGACCGUCAGUAACAAGACAUCACCAGCGCUGACCACAGUUCAUUCAAAGUCUAAUAAUAUGAUUGAUGUAACGUUACUCAUUAUUAUCGUAAUAUCAGCCGUAGUAGUCUCAGUGGCUGUUGUCGUGUCUCUCACCCUCUGCAUUGUUCGAUGUAACAAUGGAAUUAAUCAUCAGUCACGCAUGGGGUUCAACACAACGAUUCCUCCUGGGAGAGAAAAACGUCAUUUCUUGACCCAAACAAAGAAAGUGAAUACUCCUACCGGACACACUCCUGCUCAUACUCCCAUACAUACCCCGGUACAUACAACUGGACAUUCAACAGAAAUGACAAACAGAGAUAACCAGUUAAUGGAAUCAAGUUGUGACUUUUAUCCUCAAUAUGAAUCUCAGACAGAUUGGUCAAUGUCCUCGAUGGAGCGAAGGCCACCUUCAGUUUUGUUGCUUCCAACGCGUACACUGAAACGAUAAAAUGAUGCAAAGAAAAAGAGGAGGAGGAGGAGGACAUUGACGAUACAGCGAUAUGAUGACUCUCAGACAACGAGGACCUAAUUAAUUACCAAACACAGAUCGUGGCAUUUAAUGAAAGAGCUAAAACAAAGAAGAAAAAAAUGAAAAAAAAAAUUUCAGAUAUAAAAAAAAUAUAAAUUAUAAGAAAAGAAGAAAUAUUG